AUGGGGGGAUUGAAUUGGGUCGUGGCAGUAGUUUUGCUCGGUUCACUUUUCCAAUUGCCGAUUGUGCGGGCGAAAGAGCAGCUCAGCUCGAGAGAAUGCGAGGAUCUAGGCUUCACCGGACUCGCCCUUUGCUCCGAUUGCCACGCUCUUGCUGAGUACGUCAAAAAUCAAGAACUGGUCUCCGACUGUUUGAAAUGUUGCAACGAGGACUCCGAUGAUUCCAUGAGCAAGGUUACCUACUCUGGUGCAGUACUGGAGGUUUGCAUGAGGAAAUUGGUUUUCUAUCCUGAGAUCGUUGGCUUCAUUGAGGAAGACAAGGACCAGUUCGGCAGUGUUAAAGUUCAAUAUAGUUUCAACUCUCCACCAAAGUUGAUCUUGCUGGAUGAUGAAGGCCAACAUAAAGAAACCAUUAGAAUCGACAACUGGAAACGCGAGCAUAUCUUGCAGUUCCUGCGUGAGAAGCUUAAACCCAAGUCAGAAUCAGCAUCCUAA